UUUUAGCAUUCGCGGAAAAAGUGGAGCGACUCUGAGUGCUACAAUCAAUGAACGCUAGAGCGCAGGCGGCCUAUCAGCUCCGAGUGCCAGAUAGAUGCCCUGUGGACCGUUUUCCUCCGACGUGAAAGCGCGCUCAGUCAAUUUGACUCACUUCAGCCCGGUAGCCGUGCCCGCCUUUCCAGAAGCGUUUCACCCAUCCCGCACGACAGGGACAGACACGAGGCUUCCACCAGAGCUUCCGCCGCCACGGCCAGACACAGAUCCACUAUCCUCUUUUGCUGGGAAAAAAAAAAACAGUUUCAUCCCUCCGAGCUUUAGCUGCCACUCAGGGGAAAGACUCGGGCACCAGUCAGCCUCGGCAUCUCGGAUCUACCAAGCAAACUCGCCAGACAAAUAAAAAAAAAAACCUCUGGUGGAGACACUCUUCGGAACCCCCGGGAGAGGUCCCAUCACUUCCUGAUCUGGACGCCGAGCUGAAGAUUCGCCGCGGCCACCACCUGAGUCCCGACAGAUCCCCAUCAUGCCUCACUCCUUCCAGCAGAAAAAAGCCCAACAAAUGCUCCUGCUCUGCCAAGGAGUGAACGGAAUGAGAAAAGACGGGGAAUCUGUGGUUUGGAAUCACCACAAACAGGGUUUCCAAGAAUUCGACAAAAUGGCUUGCGCAGCAGACAGCUGCAUACAGUUCACGCGCCACGCAAGUGAUGUGUUGCUCAACCUGAAUCGGCUGCGCAGCAGAGAUAUUCUCACAGAUGUCACUAUCUUGGUUAACAGACAGCAGUUCCGUGCGCACAAGACUGUUCUAAUGGCUUGCAGUGGGUUGUUUUACUCCAUCUUUACCGACUCCCACAAGUGCAACCUUAAUGCCAUCAGUCUCGACCCGAAAGUGGACCCAGAGGGCUUUGCCAUCCUGCUGGAGUUUAUGUACACCUCCCGACUCACACUAAAGGAGAGCCUGAUCAUGGCCAUCAUGAAUACCGCCAUCUACUUGCAGAUGGACCAUGUGGUAGACACCUGUCACAGAUUUAUCAAAUCCAGUGAUCCGACUGCCAAGCUGCCCAGAGAUGAAUUCCUGGUCAGCCCCUUGGUUUUACCUCAGGAGGUCCACGCUUACCGGCCCCAUGACGUCGUCGACAGUUUGCACAGCCGCAUGGCUCCGUUCAGGGAUGGAAGGCCCUACGGCACAAACAUGUUCACCGGGGUCAGCACCCCGAGCAACUAUCCUCUCUACGGGCAGUUUCCCAUGCCAGGAUUCCCGUUCCCCCUCUGCAAGCUGACAGAUACCAAAAACACUUUUGCUGACCUCUCAAAGAGCGGCAUCCACCACAAGCACUGCUCUCCACACGACGGCGCUAACGGCAUCAGGGUCGAGUACGCCAGGGCGCUCGGCACGAGCCCCGCCGGCAUCGUCCACUCCUCCACCUACGCGUCCAGGGAGGCGGUGCGAGACGAGGAGAUGAGGAAGGAGAUCCACGACGGCGUCGUCCUGGGCUCGAGGAAACGGGCUUUCCCGGUGCUGACCUUUGACCACCAGAAGGACUCGGGCAAAGAGCACCCUCCUCAGGCAGAGGAGGACCUCAUCCAUCAGCACUAUCCUCUGGGAAUCUCCUCGGCCGGCCGCAAGAGCUUGGUGAGCAGCCCGCAGAGCCCCCUCAAAUCCGACUGCCAGCCCAACUCCCCGACGGAGUCCAGCAGCAGCAAGAACGCCGGCCUCUCCCAGGCCGGCGGAGCACAAGGCCCGCAGGGGAUGCCGGACCCCAAAGCCCGCAACUGGAAGAAGUACAAGUUCAUCGUGCUCAACCAGAGCGCCAAGGAGGACGAGGGGGCUCUGAGGGACCCCGGCGUCCGCUCGCCUCAGCGGCUCGGCCUGCAGCCCUACCUCCACCCCAGCGACUCGGAGAACCUCGACCCUCAAGCCACAAGCAAGAGCAGUGACCACAGCGAGGACCUGCCCGUGCCGCAGGCCAGUCGACUCAACAACAUCAUAAACAGGUCUCUUGAGGGAUCGCUGAGGAAUGGCGAUGGCCACCCUCCACACUACCUGAACCGCCUCAACUGCUCCACCUGCGGCUCCCAGUCGCCGCAGCACUCGGAGAUCUGUCCCAAAACCCCCAGGUCCCGACUCUCCGAAGACAUGGCGGAGCUCCACUCGGAAUAUUCGGACUCCAGCUGUGAAAACGGCACCUUCUUCUGCAACGAAUGCGACUCCAAGUUCGCGGAGGAGGAGGCUCUGAAGCAGCACAUGCUCCAGGUUCACAGCGACAAGCCGUACAAGUGCGACCGCUGUCAGGCAGCGUUCCGCUACAAGGGCAACCUCGCCAGUCACAAGACUGUGCACACAGGGGAAAAGCCGUAUCGCUGUAAUAUCUGUGGUGCUCAGUUCAACAGACCAGCUAACCUCAAGACUCACACUCGUAUCCACUCAGGAGAGAAGCCAUACAAAUGUGAGACGUGUGGUGCUCGUUUUGUGCAGGUUGCGCAUCUUCGUGCCCAUGUGUUGAUCCACACGGGGGAGAAGCCAUACCCCUGUGAGAUCUGCGGAACGCGCUUCCGACACCUGCAGACGUUAAAGAGCCACCUCCGCAUACACACGGGAGAAAAGCCCUACCAUUGUGAAAAAUGCAACUUGCACUUCCGCCACAAGAGUCAGCUGCGGCUCCACCUCCGACAGAAGCACGGCGCCAUCACCAACACGAAGAUCCAGUACCGCAUGUCCACGGCCGACAUGCCCACUGACUUGACGAAGACAUGCUGAACAACGAGGGACAAACGGAUUUCAGCGGCAGUCUCGACCAUGGCAUUUAUACACCCCAACUUGUACAAUCAUCCAAAAUUGUAGUGCCACACUGUGUACAAUUAAAUUGGCUUUGUAUGCCAUUCUAAACGGGUUUCCACUACAUGUGAACGUAGAGCCACAUAUGGCAUCUUAGUCACUUUAUUGUUUAUAUAUAGAUCUGAGAAUAUAUAUAUAUAAAUAUAUAUAGAUAUGUAUGGUGGGAGUGUUUUUAGGCUUUGAGGGUACAAAUAUAAAGCUUUAUUUUGUUGAGAAGGACGGAAUGUAAACAAUGUGUUUUUUGAAAUACAGUAUUUUAUAUCAGAGAACUUACUUUUCUGAAAGUAUUACAUUUUGAUCGACGAGUGGUACAUAUAUUUUAAGAUAACCGGCUUACGCGGCUGUAAAAAGUUGUCUAUACAUUUUUAUGUGGUUGUACAGAUGUGCGGGUUCCUGUACAGUUGCCAUAUUCACGUUAAAGGGGG